AUGGAACAGGCUUCAGGGAAGGCUGCUGUGCCAGGCAGCAGUGAAAACAGGUUCUUACCGAUGGCGUCAGCUACUGAGGCCUCCAGAAGGAUGCUUUCUCUGUUGUCUCAGUCACAACUUCGACAGCAACUCGAAUGUCAGGUGCGUUACUUCCUGUCGGGAAGGUUGUUGAAUUGCGCAAUUGAGCGGGAGAGUGUUUAUGGAUAUGGAGGUGCAGAUCAAUGCGGAGAGGAUGCGGAAAAGUCCAGGAAGAGUCUUGUUUUUAAGGCAACUCUCUCGCUUGUUCUUCUUUGGCUGAAGGCUCACGGCCUUGUUCACACAGCUGGAGUACUUUGUCCUGAGGCAGACAUGCGGAACAGCGAUGUACUGUCGCAAGAGGAGUGUCAGGCCGUUUUACAGUUACCAAAGGAUCUUCUCAGAAGACCAUCUACUCCCUGCGCCUCUUCAGCGCUUCAGUGGAAUCUGCUCGACCGCUUGAUACAUGCUGCAAGCCAGCUCGGUGCAGGACAAGCAGCCAGCUUGCGAAGGAGCACAGAUCCAGUGUUUGCAGCGAGAUAUAGAGCAUCUAGUGCAGGCGAGAAUCGUUGCCUCCCGAGUGAUGGGGGGACCAGCUCUUCCUGCAGAAGUGGGCGGACUGACUGCAUGCAACGAGCGAAGCGGGCGAAGGGGAUCUCUUGCCCACCCAGAAGUGCUCGCAAGCAAAAAAUCGAAUCCGUGGUUUCUGAAUCUGUCGACCCCCCAUCUCGAAAUUCCGGGGUGGCCGACACCAAGUGGGAUGAAUGGAGAGAGAUGGCGCAGAACAAGAUGCUAGUUUUGGAAGCCCACUUAAAAGGCCUUGAGCUGCGCGAGUCGUCAAAACGACUAGUUGCUGCCAGCGAGGACUCCCGGCAUGCCUUGGACCAGCGCAUUGCCACAUUAGAAAGUGCAUACGAAAAACGAAUGCGGCAGCUAGAGAGAGCAGUAGACCGAGCAACAGGAAGUCAACAAGCACAUGCAUUCGAGUCGCAAAUCACAGAGCAUGAGGUAAGGAGCAAACUCGAGGCCCGCUUGGUCCAACAAAAGGAAUUGGAGGCGCGGCUUGCUGAGCGUGAAACGAAUUUGUCAAAAAGGGAACGUCUUUUGGAUGAUAGGGAAAGGGACUUGAUGAGAGCAGCUCUACGUAUUCAGAAGUAUGACCUUUGUACAGAACAGAAUGAAGCGAACAUAAUGCUCACACAGGAGCAGCCAAGCUUCCAAUCUCAGCUUCCGCAAGCGCAGAGGCAGGUGAAAGGGCUAGGGGCUCAGCUAGAUAGACAGGCGACUGAGUGUGUAAAUUUCAUGCAGCCUACAAUGGAAGCGAAAAAUGAAGGAGAUAUUGUCGCUUGCACAACGCAUCUACCAGCGCAAAAGCCAAUGGCUACUCAUAGCAGUGCGCGCUCAGAGCAUAAUGCAGCAGUAGCUCUAAAACAGGCAUACGACGGCCAUGUUGCGCGUUUGACGGACGAGAUUCAACGCAGCAAUGACCGACUAAGAAGUAGGGAUGCGGAGUUCAAGCUCCUCGUUGUGGAGCUUGAGUCCGCUCGACGCAAGAGUGCCGAAGCGCAGAGGCGUUUGAAGAAAAUGCAAAAAUUGUAUGAAGCAGCAAGGGCGGCAUGUGUUCAAAACAGGAAACUAGCAUCGUCGAUGUGCCUUUCGCUUAGCUGCAUUGAUUUUGCUGUGGAGCAGCCUGCUGAACUUGCGGAUAGGGAAGUGCGUGACCCCGUUGGAGGAGAAAAUGUGUCUCUGAAUGCUUGCGGUCUACCGCAUAGUGCAAGCAAUGUUCCUGAUUUGUUUAAGAGUGAUCAGUCCCCUAUUCAAGGGUACGGAAUAAGCUUAAAUGACCAUCGGUGGAUCUGUCUUAAUGACGUUAACAACGGACCCCCUGAAGUAGAAAUUCAUGAACAAAAUUGUUGGAACGCAGCAUGCAAUAUGCAGGGACAACACCCCAAGUCAAGGAGUUAUCAAACAACAGCGAAUUUUGGAGACACCGCUUGCCCUGGCUUUCAGCAGAGCAAUCUUGCUGGCUCCGAAGGGCAAGCGCUUAGCUCUCGUCUCCAUUGUUUAAAUACUGAUUUAGAGAGACAGUCGCAACAGUUCAUCCAUACUCCAAACCCUGUAAACAGAAUGCAGACUGUUUCGACAACACCUGAAGACCCUGGCCAUACAUGUUUCAACAGGAGCGAGCCAAUGAUGCCCUUGCGAGUUGGCCAAGAACGACACUUGAGAACAGGCACCCCCACUCCGACUGGAGAGGCUGGGGAUUCAAACAGCAGUGCUGUGAGAGAAGAAGUAUUCAAAGAAACAAUUCGCACUUCCUGUUCUUCAGCUUCAAUCAUUUUUUCAAAUUCCGCUUCCCACUUGCCACUCCCACGCGAAGCUCCUUCGGCUAGGCUUGACUUACAUUGCGCUUCCCUGAAGGAAGAAGCUUCAGCGACUUUGCGCACAAACGAGCACACAAGGACUCCUGCGGUGGGUGCUGCUGUGGACCAUCCCCCCGAACAACAACAGGAGCCACAACUUGACCCUAGCAGUGACAGUUCCAGCGGCAGUCUGUUGAAGGCCGAACAAGGAAGUGCAUACCAAGCCGGGAUGGAGUCUGAAGCAAAUAUAAAUAUAGGAUUAUCCGGCGACAUGCAGCUGCUAGCUUCCCCUGAAGGCAGUGCAGGCCCUGUUACGCCGAAUGCCCCCCUCAGUGGGCAAGACGUUCCACUUCCCCGCUCUUCUCCAAGAGAGAUUUCAAAUGUAGUUCCGUGCAGCGAGCCUGAAACAAUAACAAUAAUGCGUCGGCAGUCUGUAGAAAGAAUCCUAAGGCCUCCAGUCAAAGCAGACAAUUCAGCUUAUGGUGAAGGCCCUUCGACAACCAUCGAGUAUCACAACACUCUGAAUGCUACGCAAGCUACACCAGCGAGGCAGGAGCAGGAGGUGGCAGGAACAAACCCACCAUUUCCUCCACAAGUAUACACUAGUGGUGGAGGAGAACCCACCGGGGCUACUCCACGCGGUUCCUCUGAAUGCGAGAUCCCCCGCAUCUCAGUGGCCCCAGCAAGCACACCAAUGGAGCGCUCGCAGGUGGUGGAGCACAAGGAAAAUGAAGGUGCCAAAGGCUCGCGCCUGCAAAGCCCAUGGGCCGAAGCUUCCAUUGCUUCGUCGUUGCCAGAAUCUCCUCAAGGCUUGUCCAAUUUCCCUUCUCUUUCUUGCCCAGUGGCUGCCACCAUUGAAGGCAUUCCCUCGCCCACCCUGCGGAAAUUAGACUACCGCGGAAGGUGGGCAGUUGCACAGAAAAAGUCUGAUAAUGCUAGAGGGGCUCCAGCAUCGUCCUCUCCCUCAGAGCAUGAAUGGCUGGCUUGUGUAUCCCCUACAGACCCAAUCAUUCACACGGACGAAGCAGAAUGCCACGGCGGGGCAUAG